GGCCCUUGAGUAGAUUCGGGAAUUCGAAGCUAAUAGUUGGAUCGAACCGGCCACUGCGCCAUGGUCAUUCCCCGUAGUAUUAGUGCCGAAAAGCUUGUGGUGGAUAGGUUGAGGGCACUCCAGCACCCGCACUUGUUGACGCUUCUAGGAGUCUGCUAUGAAGGGAACUGCCUUGUCUAUGAGCACAUGGCAAAUGGGAGUGUGGAGGAGAGGAUCUCCUGCAGACGGAUGCCCACAGGGGGCUUCCUUCCAUGGUAUGUUCGCUUGCGUGUCAUCGCACAGGUUGCCCGAGCCGUGUUCUUUCUCCACUCCACUCUGUCGGCGACAGGUCGUGCCAUCAUCCACCGCGCAAUCAAGCCGUCUAACAUCUUUCUGGACGACAAGCUUGUGGCCAAGCUCGGUGCUGUCGAUCAGGCUUUAAUCCACCAAGAGUUUGCUGAAGGAUCCCAAGCCGUAGGAAAGUCGAUGUCAGCUUUCCUAGAUAGCAAUUCUCAGUACAUGGCCCCUGAGUACUGGCGAUCCAGGACUUUGGAUGAGAAGACCGAUGUUUAUGCGUUUGGCAUUACAGUCUUGGAGAUCCUUGUUGGGAAAACCUCGGAUGCUUAUGAAACAAUUGAGGCAGCAGUGGAAGAUGAUGUGUCCUUUCAGGAUGCUCUGGACCGUAACGCAGGCCACUGGGACGUGGCGUUGGCGAAACGAGUGGCACACUUGGGACUGCAGUGUGCCAGCCACCCUAGGCGGCAUAGGCCAAACAUGGGAACAGGCGAUCAGAGCGUUCUUGCGGUUUUAGAGGAAGUUGCUGACAAAGUACAGCUUGCUGAUGCAGUAGAAUCCAGGGGAUAGUGUUUAUUUUGGGGAGAAACUAUCCGGGAGUCACAAAAAUGA